GUCAAGAUUUGAAACCCAAGUCUCUGGGAUGCAUAUAUCUCAAUUUUGGAACCUAAAGUCAAUUAAUUUUGGGUCAAUUUUUGUAGAAUUGUUUAUAAAUGUGUUUAGUGGUGCACAGCAAAUAUUUUGUUAUCCAGGAAGUAGUGCCGAAUUCUUUUCGUUUGAAAUAAAUUAUAUUGGAGUCUGGUCCAAUAAGAGAUUCAAUUAUCGAAAAAUAUGGCAACUAGAAAGUCAAGAGAGACAUGGAGCCCAGUGCAUAGGAAUAUCUUCAACCCUUUCCGACAAAUACCAAGAGUAGAUUUGCCCAGCAGGCACAGGAAUGCAUUCAACUCCUUCGAGGAUGUACCUAGGGAUGGAUAUCGCAGCAGGCAACGAUCGACAUUUAAUGCCAAAAGACAUCGAAAACGAUAUAGACGGCACUUUAUCAGCAGAGAAUCGGAGAAUAUCAGGAAAUAUCCGCGAUUUACGGAGAGAGAUAAUUCUCAAUCACCACCCCGACAGCUUCAAUCAGUAAUUGUCGUCCCACCAGCAACACGUCGCCUAAUGGAGUUGAAUCAGUUAAAGGGUAAUGAUGCCGCCCAGGGACCUCAACGUUCUGCAAGGUCCAAACUUAAAACAGAUUACUGGAGUGCCAGUAGUGACGACACAUCAAUGACAGAUGUGGAGCAUGACAAAUUUGCCAGGCUAUCAAACAGGAUUAAGUCGAGGAAACAGCGUGGCUAGUAGUAUUGAAGACCCUGGGUUUCAUUAACAGUGUUUGAUUCCUCUAAGUUAAGAUUCUAUGUUUUCGACUUUAUGUAUGUGCAACGUGUAUUUAUUUGAUUGAU